AUUUUUGGGUCGACACCAUCUCCUCUCUCCCUAGCUCCGACUCCGGAAUAGCAACGUCGUCGGACAGUCACAUUUCAGGCUAGAAGAGAGAGAAAAGUGCGAAGGCCAACGCCAGAUCUAGUGGAAUUUGGCUUUGACGUGAGAUUUGGCGGCUCAACAUUUCAAUCCGAAAUAAAUAAUCGUCUCUUCUUCGCGAAUUCUCUAGCAGAUCUGCUGUUAUUUACGUGUCCUGCUCUUAUUUACGUGGUUCCCUAUUCACGUUGUUGUCUCACUACUUCUCUAUGCUACUGCUCUUCAUCUUCAUACAAGAAUAAAUAGCAUAUAUAUGGAGGAUAAAGCAAGGAUCGCAGACAAUGGAAUUUCAGAUUUCACCUAUCGCCUUCCGCUAGGUCAACGAUCGAUUCUCGAUCGAUACGAAAUGGAGGAUAUUUCAUCCGAGAUCUCGUCGUCCUCAUUUUCUGCUCCAUCGACCCCUCCUUUGCCUCCAUCCUCUACAUCUUCCGCUGGGACUUAUGCCAUCGGCGCCGGUGGAAUCCGUUACAUUGUUCAUCGUGUCACUAUGAUGGAUACACUGGCAGGCGUCGCCAUCAAAUACGGGGUUGAGGUAGCAGACUUAAAGAGGAUAAACGGGCUUGUAACAGACCGACAAAUGUUUGCGCAUAAGACACUUCAUAUACCACUUCAAGGGAGGCACCCACCAUCUCCUCAUUUAUCCAAUGGUUCUGAACCAGAUAAUAAUGGAUUGAGCAAUUCAGAGCAGACUCCUGUUCGCCGGAGGAACUCCGAUCUGUUUGAGACAUUCCAGUCGCUAAAACUGACUUCAUCUUCUUCGGCACCAAAUCAAAAAAUGUCAUCAGCCAUGAACAGCUUACAAGGUUACUAUGGCCUUAAUCCAUCUGGAAGUUCGUCUUCUUCUCCUUACAACCCACCAUUAACUCAUCAUCGUAAAUCAAAAAGCUUAGCAAAUGGAUUAUGCGAAAAUGGUGAACCCAAUGCUGAAGCAGAUAAACGAUCAUCAGGCGAGAAAUUAUUCCGAAGAAGACAAAAAUCCGAAACUGACUUCACCACUUCCGAUGAUAACAGCUCAGGUGGUGGUUUUUCAGCCACAGCUGGAAAGGGUUUGGCCUUAAGAUCGAAACCAACUAACCGAACUUCAUCUGGCUUUGAUUCCGAAGCUGGUUGGUCAAAUCCAGUUCCAUCUGGUUUCAGCGAUUCUCCAUUGGUCGAUGAUGCGGCGGCGACUGGCGGUAGGGCCGCAGGGAGGCGUCGCGCCUUUCUUCAAUGGGCGGCGUCUUCGGAAGGCGGAAGGGCGUCUUCAAUGGACGACGUCUUCUUCUUCUUCGUCGUCUUCAAUCGGAAGGGCGGCGUCUUCGGAAGAAAGGGGGCGGCGGCUGAAGGUGGAGAAGACUAG